AGUAGAAAAGUCCGCGGUGAAAUUUCUAGGACUUCAUGUAGGAUGAAUGCAUUUGACAUCAUGUGUCAUUGGUCAUCGACUUUAACGCCGAUAAAAUCCUACAAUUCCUAUCCUCUUAGUCCUACGUUUCACGUGAGACCCAACAUAUAUAUACUUGAACGCAAGGCAUUCACCCAGGCAUCUACUCAAGACAUUAACCUACAACAACACCGACAUCAACAACACUCACAAUGACAUCCACCAACCCGACCCAAAACCUCGCCGCAGUCCUCGAAUCCCCAGGCGCCAGACUCAAAGUCCUCCCCCGCCCAAUCCCCAAACCAGGACCCAACGAACUCGUAGUCCGCAACCAUGCCAUUGCAACCAACCCCGUGGACUGGAAGAUCCAAGACUACAGCUUCGCAAUCAAAACCUACCCUACCGUCCUCGGUAGCGAUGGCUGCGGCGUCGUCACAGAAGUCGGCUCCUCGGUCACGAAAUUCAAGAAAGGGGAUCGAGUCACUGGAUUCGGGGCUGUGAUUUACAACGAUAAUGCCGAUCACGGGAGUUGGCAGACUUACACUGUCUUGAAGGAUAUCGCUACGACUAAAAUCCCGGAUUUUAUGUCAUUUGAAGAAGGUUCCGUCUUCCCAAUGGCAAUGGCAACCUCAGCCGUAGCACUCUUCACCAUCCUCUCCGUCCCCCUCCCAACUGGCUCCGCACCCACAGCCCAAAAGUCCGGUCUCCUGAUCUGGGGAGCUGCCUCCUCAGUCGGUAUCUCCGCCGUCCAACUCGCCCGAAACCUCGGAUUCAAAGUCUUCGCCACAGCUUCUCCCGCUCACCACCAAACCAUCAAAUCCCUAGGCGCUUUCGAGGUCUUCGACUAUCGCGACGCAAACGUGGUCGAGAAAAUCGUCGCUGCUGCCAAAGCGGCGGGAACGCCUAUUAGUCUAGGAUUCGAUGCUGUCACCGAAGGAAAGCAAAGUGCUGAGAUUCUCGUGUCUUCGGGUGGGAAGCGCGGAAAGCUUUGCUUGGCUCUUGAGUGGGAUGAGAAGGAACCGAGGCCGGAUGGGCUGGAAAUUACUCAGACGGGGGCGUUGAGAGCGGGGACUGAUCAGGCGGAGAUGGGGAAGUGGUUUUUUAAUGAGUAUCUGGAGAAGGCGUUGCAGGAUAAGAGUAUUGUUGCUGCGCCGGAGAUUGAGAUUGUCGAGGGUGGACUUGCGUCUGCACAGAAAGCGUUUGAUAAGGUGAAGGCGGGGGUUAGUGGGAAGAAGGUUGUUGUGAAGGUUGAAUGAGGUGGCUGCUGAGAAGCUUUUAGAGCAGAAAAGCGUUUU